AGUCGCCAGACUCCUCCCCCACCCCAGAGAAGUGAAGUGCAGAAACAGGGAAGAGAGAGUCAAGAGCACAAAGGACAAGAGCUCCUUGCGCCGUGUUGAUGUUAUUGUUGCAUGCAUGAAGCGAUUCUGCUUACUCAGCGUGGAGAGAGUUCAGCCCAGAUUCUGUCGACUGAGACCUUGCACAAGCCAUGGCGGUGAGGCAGAGGAUCUUCAACUCCACCGCCCCGUUCUCCGGGUCACCCCCCGCCGACCUUAAGGGCUCGUACCCGAAAUGUACCACCGCGGAGAAAGGGACACAGCAGCAACAGCAGGAGGAAGAGGAGGAGGAGGAAGAGCCGUGGAAGAGCGGCAAAGUGAACUACAUAGCGCUGAGCCCCUUGCUGAAUAAAGUGCUGACUCAUGGGACUGCCGAGCAAGUUGGAGAAGCGCCGCUGAAGAGCUCCCCCUUCAUCGCACAGGCCGAAUGUGAAACCCAGGACUCCCAGGAGUUUAGCCCGUCCUGCUCAGAGCGUCCUUAUGUCCCCUCCACCAGCUGUUUCCUCGCCAGUCUGCAGCCGGAGCACAACAACGUGGCGUGUCCGACCACCGCCUCCGUCCAGGUGCCCGGCCACUCGUCAUCGCCUUGUCAGCUCGGCCCGAGGAAGAAAACUCGAAAGCGGACAAAGCGCAAAGGCCGGAAAAAACAAGGAGACAAGAAGGCCAAGGAUGAGCAACACUGCAGAUACCAAGUAGCUUCUGGAGUCCCCGAGCAGGAGAGUGGGACUUCUCUGGACCACGUCCUGGAACAGUCGUCGCGAGGGCGGAGGAGCACACUCAGUUCUUCUUGCUGCAGCAGCAGCAGUGUGGAGAGCUCAGAUGAUCAGGAUCAAGCGCCCCCUCUCUAUCACCCAAAGAUUUACAACACAGGGUCCAGCUGCUCUCCUUUGGCCUGGACGGAUGUUUUCUGCGGCGCCGCGCGUAGCCUCCACUCCUACAGGCAGGACAGCGACUCCCUCAACAGCGUCGGGGACUGCUCGCUGGCCCUCGCCGGCCUGCGGGGCAGCGUCAGCCAGGGAGACCCAUGCUACGCGGGGCCCUUCUUCAAAGACGUGGAGCGGGACGCUUGGGAGGAGGACGCGGAGGAGUGGUCAUCUGAGGAUUCUGUCAGCAACGAGGGGAUCAUCUUUUACAAUGAAAAACUCCAGCCUGUGGACUCAGAGUAUAAGGAAGGGAGGGAGUUUGUCCUGUCAGAGUUUCUCAAAGAAGGCUCGUACGGUGAAGUGCACAGUGCUCGAGAUGUCAACACAGGCUUCAAAUUUGCUGUCAAAAAGAUCGCCCUGAAGAGGUUCAACAGCGAGGAGGUGAGCACGUGGAGUGCCCUCAGAUCUCCUCGCGUCCUGGAGCUCUUUGGAGUGGUCCGAGACGGGCCUUACAUUUUCUUUUUGAUGGACUACAAAUCAGGCUCGCUGGGCCAGCUGAUACUCCAGCGAGGGCGUCUGCCAGAGGACCUGAGCCUCCAUUACCUGUUGCAAAUUGUAACAGCGCUGGAGUACCUGGCUAAGAAAAGAGUUGUCCACCUAGAUGUUAAAGCCGACAAUGUGUUGCUGUCAGAGGACGGAAGAGACUCCUUCCUAUGUGACUUUGGACACGCAGAGAGGCUGGACACAGGGGGACAGAGCCUCAGCGGGUCCAGAGACCUGAAGGGCACUGAGACGCAUAUGGCCCCCGAGAUCGUGAGAGGUGAACCCCGCGGUGCCAAAGCAGAUGUGUGGAGCAGCUGCUGUAUGUUACUGCACAUGCUCAAUGGGUGUCAGCCCUGGACUCGAUAUUACACCUGUCGACUCUUCCUGAAGAUCGCCAACGAACCGCCGCCGUUCCGAGAGAUCCCGUCCGACUGCAGCCUCUUCACGGCGGAGGCCAUCAAGGCGGGGCUGCAGAAGGAUCCGAACAAGAGAGCGUCAGCCACUGACAUGAAGGAAAGAACGGCCAGAGCUCUCAAAGAAGCCGGAGGCCUCAGAAGCUUGUCGAGCAGAUUCUACGCCAAGCCGCUUUAUUUUGCCAACAAGCCUCCCGACUCCGUGCGACCCGUCCUGAGCGAAGACGAGGAGCGUCAAGAGCAGACUGGGAGGAUCCUGCAACUGAACGAUGACAAUGAGGAGGAGGCCGACGUGUCAAAGCAUGCAUUGUUAUCUGAAGCCACACACAAGGUGACCACCGUACCCGAACUGGAGCUCCGUAAACUGGAAAGAGAUUUCUACCUGAGCAGCCUGUCCCAGCUUCACUCCGCUGAGAUGCAGGAGCAACUCUUGUCUUGUCUCAGCAGCGACCCCUACUGCAACAGGGAACCAUGGGACAAGAAGGACUCGGGCCGCUGGUCACUGAGCCCAGCAGACGACUGCAGUUCUGGCGUCUGCUCAUACAGCAGCCAGCCGGACGGGCAGCAGCACGUCAGCUUGGAACUGCUGGCUCACUCGCCUCCUCGGCCAUGCUGCUUCCAAGGCGUGGACGUCUGCAUCCGAGAAUUCAGCGGGACGACCAUCCAAAUCCGAGAGACGAGGCGGGUGAAGGUGGGCCACAUCGCCACUGGCAUCAGCGAUCAGAUCUCUGAAAGAGUCUUUACCUUGGAGACGCACCUUGGCCACAAGGUCGCCCACGAUGAUGAGGUGCAGGAGUCCGGCUUGAAGCUCUGCUGCGUCCCCGCGCCAGACUUCAGCGCCGCGUGGAGGUGGAGGAUCAGAGAUGGGGUGCUGGAAACUAGAUGAAAUGGAGAUUAAAUGAAGCCCGUGGAGACAAUUUUGACAUCCUCUGGUCUUUUAUUCUAUCGCCGUUUAGCUACCAGGACCACAGCUUCUCACAUUGGCUUCAUAUUUGUAGUUUUUACUCGUUCUGUAGAUCAGAUACAGAUACUUUACAAAACAAAACCUUAAAUUCUUUUCCGACCGCAGAAGCAGCAUAUGGUUCAAAUCCAGGCUCAGCAGGAAGUUAGGCUCAUAAAAACAUUGGUUUUAAUAUUAAUUCAUUGUGGACUACAGGACUAAAUUAGAGUUAUUAUAUAGAGUAGUGUGAAAAAGUGUUUGCCCCCUUCCUCAUUUAUUUUUUGCAUGUGUGUCAUACUUAAAUGUUUCAGAUCAUCAAACAAAUUUAAAUAAUAGUGACAACACAAUUGAACACAAGAUGCCGUUUUUAAAUUACAUUUUUUAUUAUAUAUGGAGAGAAAAAAUCCAAACUCACAUGGCCCUGUGUGGAAGAGUGGUUGUAGCCAAUGUAGCUGAAAUACAACAAUUCUGCAAAGAUGAGUGGGCCAAAAUUCCUCCACAGCGCUGUAAGAGACUCAUUGCACGUUAUCACAAAUGCUUGAUUGCAGUUGUUGCUGCUAAGGGUGGCCCAACCAGUUAUUAGGUUUAGGGGACAAUCCACGUACGGUGGGUUUGUUUUUUCCUCCCUUAAUAAUAAAAAAUGUCAUUUAAAAACUGCAGUUUUAGUUGUGUUGUCAUUGGCUUUAUUUACAUUUUUUGAUGAUCUGAAACAUUUGUGAUGAACAUGCAAAAAAAAAAAGAGGAAGGGAGCACUUUCACACCACUGACGGUGUGAAUUUGAUUGGUUGUCAGUAUUGUGUGUUCUGUGGUUAACUGGUUACAAAUCCAGGGUGUAACCCACCUCUAGCCCCCCCAACACCGGAUGAGGCUCCAGCUCACCCAUGACCCUAACGUGGUCCAAUGGGG